AUGCUUGCCCUCUUGUUUCCGGUCACGCUAGAGACUUUGGAUUAUACAGUUGUCGCAACUGCUCAGUCGCAUAUAGCUGUGAGCUUCUUGCGCGUCUGGAUCGGAACGUCGUAUUUAUUGACUUCCACAGUUUUCUUGCCGUUCUUUGCUGCCGUGGCCGAUGUUUAUGGCAGACAUUUCGGUCUCCAGAUAUCUUUACUUUUCUUCCUGGUCGGAAGUGCCCUAAGCACUGGUGCCACCAACAUCAUCAUGGUGCUGGCUGGGCGGGGCAUCGCUGGUGUUGGAGCUGCCGGUUUGCUGACAAUUGUCAGGACCAUCUUAUCCGACACGACGUCUUUAAACGCCAACAAUCUCCAACAAUCAACCAUGUUUUUAUUGUACGCUGUUGGCUUCUCCAUUGGGCCUGUCAUUGGAGGCUUCCUCGUGGCUGCAAGUUUCCGCUGGGUCUUUGCCAUCAACCUGCCGUGUACGGUCCUCGCAAUACUCUUUUGUUUUCUCUUCCUGCGCAACCGAGUUCGCGGGGGAAGUUCCUCCGAUGAACUUCCCCAAGGCAGUCGAUCAGAUACAUGGAUCUCCCGGCUCGCUUACAUCGACUGGAUCGCCACGUUCUUAUUCAUUUCCUCAGGCAUUCUGAUCCUUCUUGCCUUCAACUGGGGUCCAGGUGAUAACUGGAAGUCAGCGCGCACCAUCGCCAACCUAGUCAUAGGUGCCCUCCUUUUCGUCUUGUGUAUGGUGUGGGAGAUCAUCCUUGAGAAAAAACGACAUUCACAAACUGGAGUAUCCGGCGUAUUCCGUGCUCGUCCAAUGAUCCCACUCGAGAUGUUCACGUCGCUUGAUAUGUGUAUCGUGCAAUACGGGGCAUUCGUAUCUGGGAUCGUCAUGUUUGUGAUGUUCUACUUCGUGGCGAUCUUCAUGACGGUCGUCACCGGUCUCCCAUCUUCUCAAGCGGGCGUUCAGUUGCUCUACUUUGCACCUGGUCUUGGUGUUGGAUCGUUGCUCUCAAUUCGCCUCAUAAAGAGACUGAGACAGCCUAUCUAUCCUAUUGUGCUCGGAUCAGCUUUCAUGACUGUCGGUCUUGGGUUGAUUCAAAUGGCCAUGGAGAACAAUGUCCAAGGGCAGGUCGAUGGCUUUAUGGCCAUGUGUGGCGUUGGGGUAGGGUUAACCGCCGGGCCGCUUGUCAUCCAGGCACGGUUCAUCAAGCCCGACCAUAUCGCAAUCUCGAAUGCAAUGUUGCUCUUCUUCCGCGCCUUCGGAGGUACCGUCGGACUCGCUCAAUGUUUUACGAUAAUGAACAGCAAAGUCGACUCUUAUAUCUCGGAGGCCCUAACUAACGGCACGAUCUCGGGUGCUGACCUCGCGGUGCUUGCGGGCCUAUACGAGAGCGGGGGACUUUCCUCGAUCCAGAGCUUGGACGGACUUCCGAAUGAUGUACAAGCGGUGAUCCGGGAUGCGUUUAGGAACGCGGUGAGGUGGAGUUUCGUAUCUCUCAUUCCCUGGGUUGGGUUGGCGACCCUAAGUUCGCUGUUCUUGACCAAAAUUGAGGACUCAGACCUCAAUGACAAGACUGCCCAACCUGAUAAGGAGAAACUCCAAGAUUCCGACGGUGGCGAGGUUGAGCGGCACCAGACAGCGGCAGCGGUAUGA